AUUCUUUUAUAUGAAUGAAGUUGCUUUCAUGUGUUGUUUAUGUAAUAGAGUAUGUAUGUAUGUAUGGCUUUGGUUAUGCAUUAAAAAUGUAAUUUUCAUUUUGUUUUUAAUUGUAGGCACUAACCUGGUUAGAUGGAGAAAUCUGAAAAAGUACCUUCCUCUUCAAAUGAGUCUAAAAGUCACCCUCCAUUUUUCACUCCUGAAGUCACAGUAAACAGAAUAUUUCACGCUAAUCCACAUCAUGACAGAGUCACACCACUCUGUUACAUGGACGCUGAUUAUUUCUCCCUGAAGAGCCCACGCAGAGUCGAACAGGCGAGCCACAUGUUCAUGUUUCAUGCUGCACAAAGUGAAGAUCUGAUGCAGCACAGAGAGCCGGACCGUGGAGGAGCGACUUCUGUCGGGAUGAAUCUCCAUCAUCACUCAUCUCCGGGUGGUUACUUCUAUCGUCCUGCACACACCAAGGAGACUGACACUGGAGGAGAGUGCUGCUGUUGUGGAAAGCAGAGUGGAAGAACAGGACCUGCAAAUACACUCAGCAUGAGCGUUUCUAGAAAGCAGGGUGAUUACAGCUCUCAACCUCAGAGCGAUGAGGAGGAACUUGAGCCUCCUUUGCCGCUAAGAGCUGAUGAUGAGUGGCAACACUACAGUCCUUAUCUUCCUCCUCAACACCACAGACACGACUAUGAGCCUCGUCAUACCAUGGAUGUUAGGUUUUAUGAUACUGCAGGAGAAAGGCAGAACAACUUUAAUCCCACCAACAGAUUCCCUCCUCAGCCAUAUUACUGUCCUGCUCCCCGGCAGCCCAUGAGACCCUACGAUGACCCCCACAACUGGCUCAGGAGUCGGGAUGACUUAAUGAACCCCAGCCUGGCUCAGGGAUGCGUCUCGGUCAACGUGCCCCAGUUCUUCAACCCGCCUGUGGAGGGCGUGUCACAGGUCAGCGUCAUGAACCCGAGUUCAGCCGGAGCAGCAGAGGAGUCCGUCUCACAUAAACACGAGAAAAGAAGGACCAUCAGUCUGCCGGAUGAGUGCCGAAAUGUUUUUAUAACUUAUUCUUCUGACGUUUCUUCAGAGAUCGUCCCCUUCGUGGACUUUCUCACAAAACAAGGUUUCCGACCAGCUAUUGACAUAUUUGACAGCCCUAUCAGGCGCAUGGACAUCAACAAGUGGAAGGAUAGCUACCUGAAAGACCCAUCAAACCUAAUUAUCGUUGCCAUCAGUCCAAAAUAUAAGGAUGACACUGAAGGAUCAGUCGUGGACAGUCAUGGUCUACAGACGAAAUAUAUUCACUCCAUGAUGCAGACUGAAUUUAUUCAGCAAGGCAGUUUGAACUUCAGAUUCAUACCUGUUCUCUUCCCCAAUGCAUCCCAGAAGCACGUACCAACCUGGCUCCUGAACACUCGUGUGUACCGCUGGCCACAGGACACUGAGGAUUUGUUACUACGGUUGCUCAGAGAGGAGAGAUAUGUUCCUCCACCUGUACCCAUGGAGCUGACCCUCAUCAUCAGGCCUGUGGCCCCCAGCUCUGCAACUUCCCUGUAAAAAGCAUACAUGAUAGUGAAUUUGUGAAGCAUUUGUUUGAUUUGUUUCUAAUGCAUUUUAUCUGGAAUAUUGUGCAGCUUGUGAAUCUCUUUAUUGCUCCAGUUAAAGCCAAUAAGCUCAUG